CGGGGUGAUUAGAUGUGUUAGCUGGCACUGAGCUUGAUGGUGGCCGUGCACUAGAAGCCACAGCUUUUUAUAAACAAAGAAAAGAGUUUAGUACUAUAUGACAGAAAAUAAAAUGAAAGCAGAGCUGAAAGCGCAUCACAGUGGAUGACAUGUAUCUCUCUGCAGCCACACAAAUGUGGGAGGAACUGAAGGCAAAUCGUCUCGCCCAAUUCGGCACAGUAACUGCGGUCACAGCUAUUAGUUUGGUUCUGCUGAGAAAAUGGAUUGCAGGCGGAGUGUGUCGCUGCCGCGUGCGACUGGAUAGAAAGACAGUCGUCGUUACUGGUGCCAACACUGGGAUUGGAAAAGAGACGGCACAUGACUUGGCCAUGAGAGGGGCUCGGGUUGUGAUGGCUUGUCGAGAUCUUUCAAGAGCAGAAAAGGCUGCAGCAGAGAUUCGCAGAUCUACAGGAAAUGGCAACAUAGUAGUUCGGCACUUAAACCUGGCAUCUCUGUUCUCCGUACGGCAGUUUGUGCAGGAAUACACUGCCACUGAGGAUCGACUGGAUAUACUUGUUAACAAUGCUGGAGUGAUGAUGUGCCCUAAAAGCCUCACUGAGGAUGGCUAUGAAACCCAGUUUGCUGUCAAUCAUUUGGGCCAUUUCCUCCUGACUGUUCUGCUCCUGGACAUGCUGAAGAAGUCUAGUCCAAGUCGAGUUAUCAAUGUAUCCAGCAUUGCUCACAAAGGAGGUAAGAUCCACUUUGAUGACCUUAAUUUCAGCAAGGCACCGUACGAUUCCCUGGUCAGCUACAGGCAAAGCAAACUUGCCAACCUGCUGUUUACUCGCGAGUUAGCACGGAGGAUUAAAGGGUCUGGUGUGACUGUGUACUCCCUUCACCCUGGAGUAAUCCGCACUGAACUGGGACGUUACGUGCAGACCCGCUACCCUCUGCUCAGUGUCCUGUUGUCUUUCCCUGCUCUUUUACUGAUGAAAACCCCCAAACAAGGUGCUCAGACGUCCAUCUACUGUGCGGUUGCUGAGGGGUUGGAGUCUCACAGUGGCUGCUAUUUCAGUGAUUGUAAGCUGAAGGAACCAGCUCCUGAAGGUAAAGAUGAUCUUGCUGCUCUGCGAUUAUGGGAAAUAAGUGCAAAGCUUGUGGGCUACCAAGAAGAGAACUGACAACACUCCACCAAGAUCUAUAUAAUACCAUACAGGAAUGCUUUGUAUGCAGCUAGCAACACUCAGAUCGUAUUUUCUAUCUUUGAAGUUUUUUUUUUUUAUUAAAUGAAAGCUGUAUUUAAAUCGAAUUGAUUAUGAGUGGUUUAAUCAACUGAAUCAGUACUGUAACUGUUGUAAUUCCCAUGUCUUGCACAUGGCAGUAUAAAUGUAAGAUAUUGAUAUUUGUCUCACCAUUUGUUAUUUUAAAGCUGUUUUGAAGUAUCUCAUUUGAUGAUUAAUAAAGUUUUAUAAAAUCA